ACCACAGGCACGUGCAGCGACCCCGCGGCCCACAGCUGUGAGCUGUGCGGCAAGGCCUUCCGCCUGCAGCGCAUGCUCAACCGCCACCUCAAGUGCCACAACCAGGUGAAGAGGCACCUGUGCACCUUCUGUGGCAAGGGCUUCAAUGACACCUUCGACCUGAAGAGGCACGUCCGCACGCAUACAGGCAUUCGCCCCUAUAAAUGUGACAUCUGCAACAAAGCCUUCACCCAGCGCUGCUCCUUGGAGUCCCACCUGAAGAAGAUCCACGGGGUGCAGCAGCAGUAUGCCUACAAGCAACGCCGGGACAAGCUCUACGUCUGCGAGGAUUGUGGCUACACGGGUCCCACCCAGGAGGACCUGUACCUGCAUGUGAACAGUGCCCACCCGGGCAGCGCCUUUCUCAAAAAGACAUCCAAAAAACUAGCGGCUCUUUUGCAAACCAAGCUGAUGUCCACGCGCCAGGGGAAUGCCAACCUGAGUGAGGAGGAGGAGAAGUGAGGGGGGCGGAGGUAGCCAGAGCCACCGCGUUUACGGGGAUUUGGGGUUUUGAAGGUCCCCUGCCCCACUUGGGUUCAGUUCAUCCCUCUGCCCUUCUGGGGCCUGAGCAGGGGGAUCUGUUCUAAGGGUUGUUGAUGAUAAUAGUGGUGUCUGGCCCCCCCCACCCCCCGUAACCCACAUCCUGUUGAACAGUCAAAAUUAACAAAAGUUUGUGGAUGGUCAUGAUCGCCAUGAGGAGUUGGUUUUUUUUUCUUUCUUUCUUUCUUUUUCCUUCUUUUAGGAUUUUCACAUGUGGAGGCAGAGGUGUUCUUAGAGAGACUCAUUUUAUGGUGCCUUGAAAUAAAAGUACUUCCACUUACCAUGCUACUCAAGCAAGGAAAAUGAAUUUUAUUAUUCCG